AUGGACAUAAAUAGAGAAGUACAUAACAAGCAUCUUGAUCAACAAAGUAUCCAAUGCGUACAAUCCGUUAAAAAAUACGAUAACAUCAACACGAGAUAUUUCAUCGGUCAAAAGGAAGAGAUCGGAAAACUGUUUCAGGACAUCCUGUAUGAGAACGCGUGGGACGUCACGCCGCCAUGGACGACGACGACCUGCAUUCGUAUGCCCGCCCUCGUUAACGAAUGCGAAUGCGGCACCACGCAACACUCCUAUACCACGCUCAUGCUGGACCGAAUUCACACGAAAAACAUUGCAAACGCUUCACGUUGUAUUACAUGUUAUACCGACUGGUACGCUGUACGGUAUACGAAUGGACACGAAUGGAUCAGCGAAGCGGUCUGAACUCUGAAGCCCGUCCGUCCGUC